AUGGAAUUGCCACCCUCAAAUCUAAUGGAAAAGUCCAGCAACUUCUUCCUACAACCAAUGAUCAACUCUACAUCUGUAGAUUCCCCCACCGCAGCAGCGAUUUAUCCGAUCUUACAAGAUGUGCACACUUUGCGAAGUCUCACCGACGCUUACAACAUAGAUCAUUUCCUGAAUAACUCCGUCCCUACCUCAGAUGACAAAAUCCUAUCAACCAUGUCAGAUCUCACAAGCAACAUUUCUCAGGCUCUACGCGACAUCAUGCUACGUUCUGAGCCAAACAAGCCUUUCUCAAGAAGACGUAGCCAGUUGUCUUCUAAGGCUCAGCGAGGUCAAAAGAUUGCAACUCUUACACCUUGCUCAAAAUCGGAUAAAGACUCUGAGGAUAUUAUGCGAUGCAGCUUUUGUGGUGUGACAGAGACGCCUUGCUGGCGGGGCACGUCCUCUGGUUGGCUUUUGUGCAACUUUUGCAGUCUGGUCAAGUCAAGAAGGGCGAUACGAAAGCAUCUCGCUCCUACAAGAUGA